CACAAAUUACAAACUUACUCUUUUGCACGGCUAGCUAGCUACAUUUAUUCGAAAGCCAAAUAGUUCGCCACAGCAUUUCAGCAAGCUGGGUAGCUAGCUACCGUAGCUAACAACUAAAAUCGGACAUUCGUUCUGCCUAACCUAAGCCAGGCCUGGUUGUUUUUACCUGUGCUUUUGCUGUGUUGUUGGAUUGUGUUGGAUGCAAAGCGACACCUCGCUUUCUUCCGAAACCAACUACAUCUGCUAUCGAAACAUCACUACAAAGUGCAUUGCUUUAUCACUUGAAAAGUUAGUCAAAAAAUAUCAGCUGUUUGCAAAAAAGGGUGGACAUCCACUCUUUACAUCACUAACACUGUCAUAGUUGCAGCAGCUUCCUUACUGUUGAUGUAUUACCGUAGUGAACAGUUUUGCGCAUUUGAAACCUAUACAGUACUGGGUUGAGAGGAUUUGAGAUGGAACGUGGGUAUCGUGCAGAUUAAUUAGAGGCGCAUUCCAUUGUUGGCCUUGGAGACUGAAUGAAAUGCUGACAAUGUCAACAAUAAUUCCUGUUAACCAUAAAACAGAUAAAACACAGAAUAUUAGAGAGAAAGAAAAUAGCAGAAGCCUACCAGCCAACCAGACUGGAAAUGGAUUUCUACAUAUGAAACAGUAUCUGAAGGAGAUGUCCUCCAUUCAAAACUCUUUGAACACAGGCCGGCCCCUAGCGUUGUGCUUGAGGGAGCAGGUUCCACCUUCUCUACUGACGGAGACAACCACCAAUGGAGCUCACAGUGACAAGACGACUGCAGCUGACAUAGCAGGAUGUACCAUGUCUAUGCAACACCAUGCUCUAGAUCUCGAGGAGGAAGAAACAUUAAGGAGGCUGAAGUUCACGAGACAAGAUCUUACAAUAGAGAAGCUUCAGUGGAUCUACAAACUACUUUGUGGAUUAACAAACAUGAGGAAUAAAGACCUCAAGACCAUGGUGCCUCUCACAUGUGGGUAUGUGAACAUCAUAAUGAAAGACACAGAAACAACAAACAUAAUUUUGAAGAACUCGCCGAGGUGUCUAACUUUACAGGCUUCACCUGAGGAUUACUACAACAUCAACCAUGACACUUGGGAGUCAUUUAUCAAUCCUCAAGACCAAGAUCUGAAGUCACCCUCUGCAAAGUUUGGUGGGUGUAAGCUUGUCCCGUUUGGUCUAAGAAAGAAGGCAGGUCUGAAGGAGUUAGAGACUGAGACAGGAGACCUACCUACAUGGCUGAACUUGAUUCUGGAUGAGACCUUUGCAUAUGAGAAGAAUCCCCAAAUAGCGAAGAAUAAAUAUGACAUGUUGGAGCGGGUCAGGACCGAGUUCUUGGAUGUUCAGAGAUCAAAGAACAACCAGAUGGAGACAGACAUCUACGACAAAAAAAUGCACAGAGAGGAGAGGAUGAGGACAAUGUUCAAUGUCUUAAUGUUGCCUAGAAAAGCGACCAGGCUGUCUAUACUAAUUUCCUCACUGAAACAUGAGCUCAGGGAACCAAAAUCCACAACAGUGUUUUGGUGUGAAAUCCUUAAGAGGGAUACAUCAGAACUAGUAGAUGAAAAUAACGUGGAAUACAGGACCAUCCUGCAAAAGAUCGGCCAAUUCUACAACUUCUCACACAAAAAAUUACCCUAUGCAAAGGAGAAGUUUUGCCUACUCGUGAUCUCUCUCCCGUCCAAUCAGCUUCUCCGUCCGGCCAUGCAGGAUGCUUUGAUGUUCCUCACUGAAAAUGUCCUUCAGAUCCUUCCACGACAACUUAAGCACUGGUUCCAGUACUUGAAGCUGCCUCUCUACGAUUCCAUCUCCUAAAUCCUACCUUCUAAAAAGUCUGAACUCCAUGUUCAGUUCAUGUCCACCCUUGUUGGCUGUUUUACUGGAGGGUUGGAGGGUUGUCCCUAGAACAUGUACCGAUCAUUUAUCAACACUAGAGGUCCUCCUUGUACCAUUCUGAGCAAAUCCGGUUUGAUUUGGUUGGCUUAAGAAAUCACUGAGACACUAUUUAACAAAGACCUAUUUU